AUGUCAACAACAACAACAGCUAUGGGCAAUUGCUUUAAAGAAAGAUACUUUCCACUCACUACUGCUCUUCAUGCAAAUAAGAAAAAGAAUUCAACUUGGGUUUGGCACAACAUACAAGAUAUAGUACCAAGUAGCGAGAGAGUGGCUAGAGAGAUGAGCUAUAUUGGAGAGCAUUGUGCAGUAUGUCAACAAGGCAUCGAAACAACUUCGCAUAUCCUCAAAGACUGUCAUUUCUCAAAAGCAAUUCUUUUAGCAACCCCUGGAGAAAGUAGAAGUGCUCAGACCAACAACAAUUCAAUUGCAGAUUGGAUUGAAAGUUGGUUUGAAGACCCUGUGAAUCAACUAGUUGAAAACUGGACAGUGAAGAUGUCUAAUACCCUCUGGGAAAUCUGGAAAGCACGAUGUAAGUGCGUUUUUGAGAAUGUCAAGCCAAAUCCAAUAUCAGUAAUAAGAAGCAUUCAACAUCUUAAUGACAGCACAUGGAAGGAGAUGAAAAGGAAGAUUAAACAUGUCAGUCCAACAACAGCAGCAAACAACACUCAUCCAUUGCGACAAUGGAUACCUCCUCCUAAUCCUUAUUAUUUGAUAUGUUGUGAUACUCCUUACAAAAAAAUUAAUGAUUUACAUCACUCAGGAAUUGGUCUAAUCUUGAGAAAUUUUGCAGGAAUCUUUGAGAAAGCAAAGUGCUCCUAUGCAAACAGACUAGAGAGUGCAGAACAAGCUGAAAGUGAAGGUCUAUUGCAAGCUAUGGAAUGGGAUGAAGAGUUAAAGCUUCAACACAUCAACUUUGAAUUGGAUGCGCAAGUUAUAGCAGAAGCAGUUCACAAGGAUCAUCAUUUAGCAGCUUGGGAAAAUCACUCUACUAUCUUAGUCAUUAAAGAAAAACUAUGCAACAAUCCAUUAUGGAGUUGCAAAUUUAUUAAUCGCAAUUGUUAUAAGCCAGCAGAUCUUUUGGCUAGGCACGCUAAAUUCUCAAAGUUAGUAGGACUUGGAUUAACAAUCCACCGAACUUCAUUGCUCAUGCAAUCUUAA